AUGGCGUUGGUGAAACACAGCUAUGUUGUAGCGGGGCGCUUUCCAUGUAGCCACUUAUUUUUAAAACACAAAGGCUUCGAAAUACCACGUGUCUACGCCAGCAGUUUGACUAAUGCAACAAACAGAGCCCCAACCCUGAAGGAAAGAAAGCAAGAAAUAAAAGAAGACGGACUCAACCUACAGGACUUCAUAUCAGGAGACCUAUCAGAGAAAAACAAGUGGGAGGAAUAUCGAGGAAACUUAAAGCGACAGAAAGGAGAACGACUGAGAUUACCACCAUGGCUGAAGACAGAGAUUCCCAUUGGGAAAAACUACAACAGACUGAAGAAUACUCUAAGAGAGCUGAACUUGCACACGGUAUGUGAGGAGGCCAGGUGUCCAAACAUCGGAGAGUGCUGGGGAGGUGGAGAAUACUCUACUGCCACUGCAACCAUUAUGUUAAUGGGUGAUACAUGUACUCGUGGGUGCCGGUUCUGUUCAGUGAAGACAGCACGGAAGCCGCCGCCUCUGGACCCUGAUGAGCCGUAUAACACAGCUAAAGCCAUCGCUGCCUGGGGAUUAGACUACGUGGUUCUCACGUCUGUGGACCGAGAUGACAUUCCUGAUGGUGGGGCUGAGCACUUUGCAAAGACCGUCUCUAAUCUGAAAGAAAGGAACUCCAGUAUUUUGGUGGAGUGUCUGACGCCCGAUUUCCGUGGGGAUCUAUCGGCCGUGGAGAAGAUUGCACUGUCAGGACUGGAUGUUUAUGCCCAUAACGUGGAAACAGUCAGGGAACUGCAGAGGUAUGUGCGUGACCCGCGGGCUAAUUUUGACCAGUCUCUGAGUGUUCUUCGGCACGCUAAAUCUGUGAAGCAGAGUCUCCUCACUAAAACAUCCAUCAUGCUUGGCCUUGGAGAGACUGACGCACAGAUACACUCUUGCAUGAAAGAGCUGAGGGACGCUGGCGUCGACUGCUUAACUCUGGGGCAGUACAUGCAACCAACAAAACGGCAUCUGAAAGUGGAGGAGUAUGUAACCCCUGAGAAGUUUGCGCACUGGGAGAAGGUAGGGCAGGAGAUGGGCUUUGUCUACACAGCCAGCGGACCGUUAGUGCGCUCGUCCUACAAAGCAGGUGAAUUCUUCCUGAAGAACCUUCUAGACAAAAGGAAGGCAGCAGCAGCAGCAACAGCGACAGAGUAACAUCAACACCGACGUCAAACCCGCCGACACGGAAACCUCUCUCUCUUUUAAUCUCCAAAUUUCUCUUUUUUUUUUUUUUUUCUGAAACAGCUUUAGGCUUCAGUCUGCUUUGGCCAGAGUAGAUUUUGAACAUGUCGCAAUCAAAGUAUUUCACACAGGGUUCGGUUCUCGGCAUUCACUGCAAAGUAUGUACUUUUUAGCCACACCUCAGAGAACUCUGGUUCUGCUGUUACACAUACAGUCACACCUGUAAGUUAAAGUCAAGCCAUGUAUCGUAAAACAUGUACCAUAUCAAUCGUACAGAAAAGGCGUCUGUAUACCAGGUAACAGUCGCCGACUGCUGUAGUGGAGAGUGUGUGAGAGAGAGGAAAUAUGUCAAACAGAAGUUGUUUGUCUACUUGUAACAUGCAGAAAUAAACCAGUUGUGUAUAAUUUAUCUAACCUAUAGAUUAUUUGUUAAAAUGUCUAAUAAAAUUCUUCACG